AUGAGCGGUUACGAUCACUUUAUUACUAAGAGCACGGAAAUUAUCUGGAUACUUUCUAAUUUAAACUUUGAUCUUGUUGGACGCAAUCAGGUUCCGGGUCCGGCGCAGGAGCCUCUGGAACGUCCCCAGGCCUUCGGCGAGUUUUCGCAGCGGGCAUCCACACCUAGCAGGGCCCGGGGGCGUGGUCGCCGCCAGGCUCCUCCCCCAAGGCGGAGGGCGGGGCCCCGCGCUCCGGAGUGGGCUGGACCUCCGAGGCUCUCCGCAGCCAAUCAGCGGCCGGCGAGGCGCGGCCACUUCCUGGUGGGAAGGCAGGGCUGUCUGCGGAGCUCGCUGGUCCGAGCGUCCCGCACCGGCAGCGCGCGGGUCCCGAACGUCCGCGGCCAGCGCAGUGUGGCGCCCGGUUCCCGUCUGCGUGUGGGGCUCCCGCGGCCGAGCCUGGCCGCUCCGCGUAGCGCCAUGUCCAAGCCUCCUCCCAAACCGGUCAAACCAGGGCAAGUUAAAGUCUUCAGAGCUCUGUACACAUUCGAACCCAGGACUCCAGAUGAAUUGUACUUCGAAGAAGGAGAUAUUAUCUACAUCACUGACAUGAGUGAUACCAACUGGUGGAAAGGGACAUGCAAAGGCAGAACAGGACUGAUCCCGAGCAACUAUGUGGCUGAGCAAGCAGAAUCCAUUGACAAUCCAUUGCAUGAGGCUGCAAAAAGAGGCAACUUGAGCUGGUUGAGGGAGUGCUUGGACAACCGAGUGGGUGUGAAUGGCCUGGACAAAGCUGGAAGCACAGCCCUGUACUGGGCCUGCCACGGGGGCCACAAAGACAUAGUGGAGGUUCUGUUUACUCAACCGAAUGUGGAGCUGAACCAGCAGAACAAGCUGGGAGAUACUGCUCUGCAUGCAGCGGCCUGGAAGGGUUAUGCAGACAUUGUUCAGUUGCUACUGGAAAAAGGUGCGAGGACAGACUUGAGAAACAAUGAGAAGAAGCUGGCCUUGGACAUGGCCACCAACGCUGCCUGUGCAUCACUCCUGAAAAAGAAGCAGGGAACAGGUGGGGUUCGAACGUUAAGCAACGCUGAGGACUACCUUGAUGAUGAAGACUCAGACUGAUUCCUCCUGGAGCUCCUUUGAUGCCUAAACUUUUUUUUGCUUUUGCCAUUCCACAACCUUGGUUGUUUUGCCAGAAGAGUAUUGAUGUGUGUCCUUUUUAUAGUCUGUGUGAACGCGGCACUGCUGCACUGUGGCUGUGAGUCGGCACGUGCAUGGGUGGGUCUCACCUGUGGCUUGCCAACCAGUGACGAGAUACUUCGCUGUAAACAAUACAUAUAUGCUCACCAGGGUAAAACAAAACAAAAAGAUUAUUUCUAUUUAUCAAGCUAAAGAAAUUUUAAUACUUUUUCUUUUAAAAAAAUCAGAUUUUUUUUAAGUCUUUACCUCAAGGAAUGGGAUGUUUUGAGUGGGUUUUUCAAGGGGGAAAUGGGGGAAAUGCUUAUUAUAAUAGACCAAAAUUCUGAUAGAAAAUUGUCAGCUCUUCUGACAAAAAAUAAACAGUUAAAGAGACUUUA